AAUUUAUUUAUCAAAUCAAAGUGAUUUGAAUUGCGUCAGAAAAUCAAAUUUUUCGAUAAACAAACUUUUAUUUGUUUUUAAAUUUAGUUGCUGCUGAUCAAGAAUAAAAACAAAGGUUAAAUAUCCAUUUUUCGAAUCCAAUAUAAUGGGGGUUAUACGUUAUAAUUUUAAUAAUAUUCGUGGCCAUCAAAAUGGUGGCGGUGGUGAUAGUGGUGAUGAAUGGAUCUACAUCUCAAGUGAUGGUGAAGAAUCAUUUGCUGGACAAAAUGAUUCUCGUUCGAAUCAUCAAAACAAUGGUCGUUCACAUCGUCAAUCAUCAUCGAAUAAUAAAUCGAAUAGAAAAUUAUUACCAACCAAACCAGAACCAACAUUUUCGGCGCUUGGUACCAAAGGAAAAAGCCAUAAAAAAUUUAGACGUUAUGCUAAUGAAAAUGUUAUACAAAAUUUUGGUGUAGCAAAAUUAUUUCAUGAAAAUGUUGAUCGUAUUAAUUCGAUUGAUUUUUCACCAUCAGGUGAUACAUUAAUUAGUUCAUCCGAUGAUGAUUCAAUUGUUAUUUAUGAUUGUGAAAAAGGAAUACAUAAACGUACAUUGAAUAGUAAAAAAUAUGGUGUUGAUUUAAUUCAUUAUACACAUGCACCAAAUACAGCUAUACAUUCAUCGAAUAAAGUUGAUGAUACUAUCCGUUAUCUUUCAUUACAUGAUAAUAAAUAUAUACGAUAUUUUCAUGGCCAUACGAAAAAAGUUGUCACAUUAUGUAUGUCACCAAUUGAUGAUACAUUUUUAUCUGGUUCAUUGGAUAAAACUAUUCGUCUUUGGGAUUUACGAUCACCAAAUUGUCAAGGUCUGAUGCAUUUGGUUGGCCGACCAGUAGCAAAUUUUGAUCCUGAAGGUUUAAUUUUUGCUGUCGGUUUGAAUAGUGAAACUGUCAAAUUAUAUGAUCUGCGUUCAUUCGAUAAAGGCCCGUUCAAUACGUUUAAAUUAUCACAGGAUAAAGAAUGUGAUUGGACCGGGUUGAAAUUUUCACCCGAUGGAAAAAUUAUAAUGAUUUAUACUAAUGGUAAUGUUAUACAUCUUAUUGAUGCAUUUAUGGGUCGACCAUUACAAACAUUAAAAGGUCAUGUGAAUAAUAAAGGUUUACCAUUGGAAGCAUCAUUUACACCGGAUUCACAAUUUAUAUUCAGUGGUUCAACUGAUGGCCGAAUACAUGCAUGGAAUGCAACAAAUGGUAAUCAUUUUUGUAAUAAUCAAAUCGAUACACAUCCAGGUCCAGUACAAUGUAUACAAUUUAAUCCAAAAUAUAUGAUGUUAGCAUCAGCUUGUACAACAAUGGCAUUUUGGAUACCAAAAAUUGAAGCAAUAACAACAACAACAACUACAGCAGCAGCAAGAGCAAACGAAUUUAUUGAAUGAUUAAAACCAUCAAACA